AUGUCUAAUAAUAUUGUACCUCUUCGCAGACUUGGCCGGCAUGGGCCGAUGGUCCCAGCAUUAGGUCUCGGUCUCAUGGGUAUGUCUACGUUUUACGGAACCCCGCCCAGUGACGAAGAGCGAUUCGCAGUGCUCGACCGGGCGUUGGAACUGGGUGCCACAAACUGGGACAGUUCCGAUAUGUACGGCGACAAUGAAGAACUUCUGGGUAAAUGGUUUAAGCGGACUGGGAAGAGAGACCGGAUCUUUCUUGCGACCAAGUUCGGGUUUGCCAAAGGCAUGGCCGACCUGAGCGUUAUUGACAGCUCGGGAGAGUACUGCAAAAAGGCCUGUGCAGAAAGCUUGAAGAGACUUGGCACGGACUGCAUUGAUAUCUACUACAUGCAUCGUGCAAACCCCAAGACCCCCAUUGAAGAGACCAUGCGUGCUAUGGCUGAGCUGAAAGCACAGGGAAAGAUCAAGUACAUUGGCUUGUCUGAAGUAAGCUCCACGACACUACGUCGCGCAUGCAAGAUCGCCCACGUAGAUGCCGUCCAGAUUGAAUAUUCGCCAUUUGUAUUGGAUAUCGAGGGUCCGGCGGGAACCAGCCUUCUCGUAACCUGCCGUGAGCUCGGCGUCGCUGUCGUUGCCUACUCGCCACUGGGCCGAGGUCUACUGACUGGAGCCUACACUACAAAGGAGUCUCUCACCAGUGAAGGUGACUGGCGUACUAUGAUGCCACAAUUUGCCGGUGAUAACUUGGACGCCAACGUAAAGCAAGUCAGAGAAUUCCAGGCACUGGCUAAUAAGACGGGGUGCACGCCGGCCCAGCUGGCGAUCGCUUGGCUCCUGAAGCAAGGCGACGACAUUAUUCCUAUCCCUGGUACUAAAAGAAUUAAGUAUCUUGAGGAGAACUGGGAUGCUCUCGGGGUCCAACUGACAGACAGCGAUGAGGCAGAGAUUAGAGAGUUCGUCAGCAGAGCUAAGCUUGCAGGUGGCCGAGCUGGGGCACAGCAAGGAUUUGCCGAUACAAUUGCAGAACCAUAA